AUGGCCCAAAGAGCAACUGCCACAUGUUUCUGCGGUACUGUGCAACUUGAAUUGCCAGUAGAAGGACCAGACAUGCCUCUAACCUUCGUAUGCCACUGUGCCGACUGCAGAAAAAUCACAGCCUCAAUGUUCGCAUCCAACUUCCUGGUCAAAAACAGCGCUCUCAAACACAUCCGCGGCGAAGAUAAAUUGACCAAAUACUCGACUUCGGAAACCAUUGAUACUGGAAAUACAAUGACAAACUACUUUUGCUCGGUGUGUGGAACACUGAUGUAUAGAAGAAGUUCUGGAUUCCCGGAUGUUGCUAUUCCUCGUAUUGGAACGGUUGAUGAUCAUUCUUUGCAUGAAACAAAGUUGAAGCCUCAGGUUGAGGUCUUCUGUAAGAGUAGGGUUGCUUGGAUUGAUGGUAUUGGUGGGGUGGAGAAGUCGACACAGGGACAGGAGGCUUUGGGCUGA